AUGCGUUUCUCUCUUGCUGCUGCCGCUGCCGCUCUGGCCGCCACUGCCCAAGCCCGUAUUUCCGGCAUCAGCGUGCCCGAGACGAUCAAGCCAGGAGACACUGUCGAUCUCAAGAUCAUCAGCGAAAACUACAUCCAGAGAGUCGACGAUGUUGCUAUUGCCUAUGGCUAUGCGACAACAAACGCCUACCCCGGCACUCUGACCAACCUCCUCGGCUCCUUCUACCUCGGACCUGAUGAGUCCAAUUUGCCCAGCGGAGAGACUGUCGUCAAGACCGUCACGUUCCCUGCCGAUAUUGCCAAGGGCCCGGGCUUCGUCACGGCUGGAGCCUACAGCUUGUACGGCGCAUCCAAGACCACGACCAUUGUCAACUACAAUGUCAGCAUCACCUUUGGUGAUGAGACGUCGACCACAUACAAGAACAGCUUUUAG